AUGGAUAUCGCACUCCCAGAACGUGAAGACGAAGAACAAAAACCAAAGACACUGCCAUGGGCACUGCCUAAGAUAUUAAUUUAUGGAGGGAGCUCUGUCGAAAUCAUAUUGUAUGAGACGUUCAAGCAAAUGGGCCUAAAAGACGAAUGCCUAAUACCAUCCACAUAUAAUAUAUUUGGUUUCAAAAGCUCGUCUACUAGAUCAAUGGGCGAAGUAACCAUGGAGAUUCGUGUAGGGAAAAUCCUGACUCUAACUACUUUCUGUGUAAUAGAUAUGAUUUCACCUUAUACCACUAUUUUCGGACGAUUCUGGGUUCAGGGAAUCAAGGGAGUCGCGUCAACCUACCACCAGAGCUUAAGGUUUCCAACACCUGAUGGGAUCACAGAGAUCAUAGGAGAUUUAGGCGAAGAAAAGUACUGUUACAAUAUGGACGAACAAAAUGAGUUGGUUAAGAUCGGAACCCUCCUUAGAAUUAAGGAAGAGGAGAAAUUGGUACAAGUAUUAAAUGAGUACUCUGAUGUCUUCGCAUGGAAAAUGAAGGAUUUUCCAGGGAUUGAUCCAGGAGUUUGUUGGCAUAAUUUGAAAAUUAAUCCAAAAUACAAACCUAUGAGACAAAGAAUGAGAAAGGUGGCACCAGAAUAUCAUGAGGCUAUCCAGAACGAGCUCAAUAAAAUGGAGUCUUCGGGCGUCAUUCGAGAAGUGCAAUAUCCGAUAUGGAUAUCCAACAUGGUGAUCGUACUAAAAAAUAACGGAGGAGCACGAAUAUGUGUUGAAUUUAGUGAUCUUAACAAAGCAUGUCCAAAGGACAACUUUCCACUUCCCAACAUUGAUCAGCUCGUGGAGGCAACAUCAGGAUACGGGUUGCUAUCAUUAAUGGAUGAGUAUUCAGGCUAUAAUCAGAUCCCUUUGGCUGAAGAGGACCAAGAGAACACUGCCUUUUUUACUCCACGAGGACUGUACUGUUACACUAAAAUAUCAUUGGGUCUAAAAAUGCUGGUGCGACAUACCAUAGAAUGGUGGAAAAGAUGUUUGAUAACUGGAUACAUAAGACCCUAG